AGAGUUCGAUAUUCUACCGAAGAAACACACGUCCAGUUUAUUUUGAAUUGUGAGAAAAAGGGAAACCAAUUACAGCGACGAUCAAUUACCGGAGAUUAAAGCAAGAAGCGCCGACCGAUUGAAGAUCAAAUACGUGAGUUCGUCCACUUAAACCAUAAAAUUUCUUCAAUUUCACACAUCCCCUGUUAUUCCUCUCAAACUGAGGAAUCCAAAGGAAGGGCACGCAAAGAUAAGGAAAAGUCAUACUAAAACUUUAUUGCACAAACAGUAUAAUGGCAACACAGGCUUGUAGGCUAAUGCAGGACCAGAAUUUGAAUGACAAUAUCAAAGGUGGGGGAAGGCACAGCAUUUCGACAGCUCAGAAGAAAGUAGGACUUGGUGUUAGGAAGGCGCUUACUGAUCUUACCAACUCAAGGAAGCCGUCUUCUCCAAAUCAGGCGACAAAGAAGGGUCAUUCCAAGAAUUUGAAUCCUUCUGGGGAGAAGACUAGCAUCUGUAAACCAGCCAAUAUCUCUAAGCCUGUGCCCUCUGUUGGUGAAAAACUCAAGACCUCCAUAGCUCAGGAGAAAGACGGGCUUGGUGGUAGGAAGGCACUUGGUGAUCUUACAAACUCAGCAAACCCAAUUUUGCAUCAAACAUCAAAGAAAAAUUGCCCCAAGAAGUUGAAUGUUAUUGCAGAGGAAGAAUUCUUCCUACAUAAUCAUCAAGAAUGCAUCAAUUCACGGAGGGCAAUGGAGAUGGACUUCUUUUUGAGGACAAUGGAACUUGAUGAUGAUUUUUCAAUGCAAAUAGCAUCUCCAAUUGUAUCAAGACAUGCAAAGGCUGAGAGUCCUCCAAAGCGUCGUCUGGAUUUGGAAGAAAUACCUGACUUGGCUGAUGGAUAUCAGUCUCCUCCUCCAUGCCGGACACCUGAAUCCUUAAGUGCAUCUUCACACAAGGAUUACUUUCCAUCUCCUAAUUUGAAGCUGAAGGGGACACCAGAGUAGUGAAGCGAUGUUAUGCUAGAGUAGACUGAUAAAUCCAGUAGAUGUUAUGCUAGAGUAGUGAGGCGAUGGUGGUAGUAGUGUUAUUGCUGGGACUAAUAUUUUGAUUACUAUAUUGUAAUCUGUAAAAGCACAAGUUUAGAUUCUAUUCAUUAUGUUUCUUACUGUAAAAGCACUGCUUUGCAUAAGUGUGGAUCCUAUUCAUUUUUGGUGGUUGGUUCAGUUACUAAUUACAAUUUGUCUUGUGACAUUGAGAUAUUAUAUUUCUUCUCUCCAA